AUUUGGUCCCGCUCCCCGACCCAGGGUGAGACUGCCGAGACAGGGCGCUUCCUUUAUUCCAUUUCGCCUUGUCCCGGGCUACGGCAGCGGCGCGAGGCGGGCGUCAGCCAUGGAAGAAUUAAUAGUUGAAUUGCAGCUGUUUCUUCAACUUCUGGACCAUGAGUACUUGACAUCCACAGUCAGGGAGAAGAAAGCAGUUUUAAAUAACAUUCUUUUAAGGAUACAGGCAACAAAAGACUUUGAGAUAAAGGAAAAUGUACAGAAACAAGAGAUUGCUAUCAAUUUACCUGCGCCACCUCAGAUGCCUUUGCCAGAAAUCCCCCAGCAAUGGCUGCCACCAGAUAAUGGUCCUCCUCCAUUGCCUUCCUCUUCUCUUCCUGAAGGUUACUAUGAGGAGGCUGUGCCACUCAGCCCAGGGAAGGCUCCUGAAUACAUUACAUCCAAUUAUGAUUCUGAUGCAAUGAGUAGUUCGUAUGAAUCUUAUGAUGAAGAAGAUGAGGAUGGAAAAGGGAAAAAAAUGAGACAUCAAUGGCCUUCUGAGGAAGCGUCAAUGGACCUUGUUAAGGAUGCUAAAAUCUGUGCCUUCCUUUUACGAAAAAAACGAUUUGGGCAGUGGACCAAACUGUUGUGUGUGAUCAAAGAAAACAAACUAUUGUGCUAUAAAAGUUCCAAGGAGCAGCAGCCUCAGAUGGAACUGUUAUUGUGUGACUGCAGUAUUACAUAUAUUCCCAAAGACAGUAAAAAGAAGAAGCAUGAGCUGAAAAUUGCACACCAAGGGCAAGAUGCUCUAGUUCUUGCUGUACAGAGCAAAGAGCAGGCAGAUCAGUGGCUGAAGGUAAUAAAGGAAGUUUGCAGCACUUACGUUGGCACUGUAGAUUCAGAUGGACCAUCAUCUAAUUCUGUGCAUAAGACUGAUCUGGAAAAGAAACUGUCCUCAGAAAGACCAAGUUCUGAUGGAGAAGGUGUGGUAGAAAAUGGCAUAACCACUGUUUGUAAUGGGAAAGAACAUGUGAAGAGGAAAAAGAGCUCAAAGACGGACUCCAAGGGCACUGUAUCUAAAGUAACAGGAAAGAAGAUAACAAAGAUAAUUGGGUUAGGGAAAAAAAAGCCAUCUACUGAUGAACAGACUUCAUCUGCUGAAGAAGAUAUACCAACAUGUGGAUAUCUUAAUGUGCUCUCAAAUAACCGUUGGCGUGAGCGCUGGUGCAGAGUGAAAGAUAAUAAGCUCAUAUUCCACAAAGACAGGACAGAUCUAAAGACUCAUAUCGCUUCUAUUCCUCUCCGUGGCUGUGAAGUUAUUCCAGGAUUGGAUUCCAAACAUCCCCUGACAUUCCGUUUGCUUCGAAAUGCUCAGGAGGUAGCAGUAUUAGAGGCUUCAUCUUCAGAAGAUAUGGGCAGGUGGAUUGGGAUUUUGCUGGCUGAGAGUGGUUCAUCUGCAGAUCCUGGCACUCUACACUAUGACUACAUAGAUGUGGAUGUGACAGCCAGUGUCAUUCAAGCUGCAAAGCAAACAUUCUGUUUUAUGAACAGACGGGUUCUUUCUACUAAUCCCUAUAGAGGAAGUGCUGCUAAUGGCUAUGCGUGUCCCAGUGGGAUGGCACUUCAUUAUGAUGAUGUUCCUUGCAUAAAUGGAUCAGUAAGAAUUGAUUUUUGUUGGGAACCAGAAGAUGGCUUUCCUACUUCUUGUAGCAGAAACACAGGAGAAGAUGGGCUUUAUGAUAACAUGGGCCUAUAUGAUAAUUUGCCGUCUCCGAAAAUUUUUGCACGUUGUCCACCAGCAGAGCGAAAAACCAAUAGGUUAUCUACUGACAAACUGUCAUCUAACCACUAUAAAUAUCCUAUCUCAUCCAAUCUGUCUUCCACUCAGUCUAUCACUAAUACCUCUACUGUGGGGAGGGGAUCUGUUGCACAGUUUAAAGGAAAGAAGAUGCCAGUAGCUGCAAAUGGAAUUUCAGGAAAAGGAAGAACAUUAAGUAAUUCACCAAAAAAAUCAGAAUUUGCUUCAAAUGUGAAACGUAGCAACUCUAAUGCAGAUCAGUACAAGUAUGGAAAGAAUCGCGUUGAAGCAGAUGCAAAGAGAUUACAAACGAAAGAAGAGGAGCUGUUAAAAAAAAAAGAAAUCCUGAGGAAUCACCUGGCUCAGCUACGAAAGGAAAGGAAAGACCUCCGGGCAGCCCUUGAUAUGAAUCCUGGCAGGAAAUCCCUAAUAAUUCUUGAAGAUAAAUUAAAGAGGUUGGAAGAAGAGUGUAAGUUGAAAGAGUCUGAGCGUGUGUCUCUGGAACUAGAGUUGACAGAGGUGAAAGAGAAUUUGAAAAAGGCCUUGGCUGGAGGCAUCACACUAGGAUUGGCAAUUGAGCCUAAAUCACGGAGCUUAGCUGCACAGUCCCCAGUUCUAAAGCAUCAGACACUGGAGAAUUCACCCAUCUCCAGUUGUGAUACAAGUGACACAGAAUGUUCUAUGCCUGUGAACAGUGCAAUUGUCCUGAAAAGGCAUUCUUCCUCAAGCACCUCUCCAUGCCGAGGCCACGUGCUUCAGAAGGCAAAGGAAUGGGAGAUGAAAAAUGGAACAUAAAGAAGUAUAGUUUUCACUAGAAUUCUGCUUUGGGACUCUGACUCAAGAUGGACUAAGGAAGAUUAAUCUGCACAGUGGUAUUAAUGGGUUGUCAGUUCUGUUUAGUGAAUGGUCAGUAUGCUUAAUACAGCUAAAAGAAGGAUCUUCUUGAAUGUGUCAUGUUACUAUAGUGAUUAAUCACUUAAAAUAUGAAAGGAACAGUUUAAAUGAUUGUGUAGAUGGAUCAGGUAAAACUAGCACUAGCAAUUGUGUUGGAUGGAAAUGGAGAUUGGCAUGUUUCAGUACCCAUUUGGAAUAGUUUUAGAUACAUUUUAAUCACUAGAUAUGAAAUCCAAUCUUGACUCUCUAAAACCCUGCUGUAUAAAUGUGGAGAUUCACAGGCUUGUGAUAUUAAUUCAGCUCGUAUGAAUUUUAUACAAGAGAAGAAUGGAAAACUGUAGUCACUGCAGAAAUUACACAUCUGCUGUUUUCCAUGGUGACUAGGGACCAGAGAAAGACUAAAUUCUCAACUAGGAAGUGAUAUUAGAACAAAUAGAAAGACAUCUUCAAACCCCAAGUAAAAAUACCUAUCUCUUUUUAAUCUCCUUUUUUAAAAGAUUGUAUUUAUUUGCUUGUUUGUUUUGAAAUGUUUUCAUGGAUUUUUUAAAUUAAAUAGCAAAUGGGUGCCACUUCACACACACAAAAAAAGCUCCCCUCCAUAAAAGCAGAUGCUUUGAAGCAAAUUUAUGAAAGAGCCAAAAGAACAAAUAAGCCAUCAUUGUAUUCAAAAACAGUUUCAAGAGAAAAGACAAAUUCUGAUUAAGAAACCCAAAAUGCCACCCAACUUCAAAAAUGUUUAAAUUCCUUAUUUUUUUUAUUAAAAAUCCUUAAAAUUGCUACUUUCUUUCUCUGAUAAAAGCAGCAAUGAAUGUCUCCCAAAAAAUGAAAUGGCGGUGUUAUUUCUAACACCUGUUAUCUGUUAAAAAGAUUAUGUAUGCGUCUGGGGGGGUGUAUUCUAAGGCAACAAUGUAAAGUUCAUUUUUAAAAGACAUUCUUUUCCUGCUGUAACUGGUUUAGGGCAUGAACCUGAGCUGUGAGUCAGAAAGUGCCCAGCUGGGAAUCAUUAAGGAACUCACGGUGGCUCUGUGUCAACCGAUCCGUCUUAGUUUCCAAACACCAUUUUCAGUACAGGGAUAAGAGUAACACCACCUUUGCAGACUUACUGAGAUAGUAUCUGUGAAGUACUCUGAGUGCUUGAGAAGGCCUAUAUACCUUUUCAUUGUCGUCUUUCCAUCUUCAAAGAAACAUAAAAUGUCUCCUCAGGUAGAUUUCUACUCUCCCCUUCUGUGCACAUGGGCUGCUCCAAUAUCUUCUGGCAUAGGAUGCAAGACAGCUGGACAGAGGAAUCCUCCACUGGACAGUAAACAGAUCUGCAAUGCUUUUGCAUUCCUUUCACUCCUCCACAGUUCUGUUUCUUACCCAAGAGCUGUGACAAAAACUGUGGCUGGAGAGGCUCAGUGUUACCUUCUUUGGUCCCCUCCCUGUCAUAUAAAAGUGGAAAGUCCUUGUAGGAACCUGCCGCUGAUAGGAAGCUCAGAGUAAGUGACAAGAUGGCCAGAGCCAUCUAUGUCCUCUGCUUCUCCAACCAUCUGCCUUGUGAUCUGGGAAUGCUGAAAAUGAGUUAGAGUAGGUAGGAGCUCUCAAAAUGGCAGGAUCUCCAGCUAAUAUUGCUUCUGUGAACAGAGACCAAGGCACUCUAGAAUAGUCACCCUUUUCUUAUGCAUCGGUACCUCUCACUUCAUAACACAAGUGACAACUUGAGGAGUCAAAGUAUAAGUCAUCAUCAUCAUACAUUUUAUUGCAACCAUUGGUUUUAGCAAAAAAAGUUUAAGUCUAAAAUGCAUGUAUUUUUAAAGCACCUAAUUUGUUGCUAACUAGAAAGGUAGGAAGAGAGAAUUGUGGUGGGAGGGGACUGCUUGGGCAAGGCAGAAUGCUUUGGGCAUCGAUCCUUUUUUAUAAUGUAAUCCCCAACUGUGCAUUGGAUAUGGCAUUUAUUCUUUGUAUGGGCUGUGCUCUCCAUGCCCACAAACUGCAAGCCAUAAUAGAACUAAAGAUUUUCAGCUGGCUGGGUCCAGCCAUGCUUCAGAAUGGAGGUAACUUGUUUUAUCCUGGAAUUGUCUUGCUCAGUCUCUCAUAAGUUGUUUAUUGCUUUGAUUCUGAGAUGCCUGUUCUCUAGAAUGCUCCCUAAUAUCUAUAAGAUGCCUAGUAUUGGAUUUAUUAAGCCUUUGCUGAAGACUUAAAAAUGCACUCAGGCCUUCCCUGUAUGAAUACAAUUGUUCUUUGGAUGAUUGUUUUUAAUUCAUUAUAAUUUUAUGUGGAGAGCCACUUUGGUGUAGUGGUUAAAGCAUCAAGCUAGAAACCGGGAGACUGACUUCUAGUCCUGUCUCAGGCACAAAGCCAUCUGGGUGACCUUGGGCCAGUCACACUCUCUCAGCCCUAGGAAGGAGGCAAUGGCAAACCACUUCCAAAAAGCCUUGCCAAUAAAACUGCAGGGACUAGUCCGAGCAGUUGCCGGGAGUCAAAAACUGACUCCAAGUGACAUUCAAAUAAUGUUUGUUUUUAAGCUGUUUUGAGAAAAUUGCAUGGGAAAGCAGCAUACAGUUAAAAUAAACAAAUACUGGGCUGCCAUGGAUGAAAAGGCCUUUCUCCUGAUCAUCACCUGCCUGAAUUUAGGAAAUGGGCAUAUUAAAAGACCCUUGGAUGAUAACCACCAUAUCUGAGAAGACUGAUCUUGCCUCUGGUGACUUUUUAUUAAGGAUUAAUGUCUGCAUUUAACUUCCAGGUAUUAGACAUAUCCAUAAAAUAUUCUAGCCUCCAUAAUACUUUUAGGGUAUUUGUAAGGUGACUUGUAAGAAUUCUACAGGUCAUUACACAUCUUGAUGAUAGAUUGGCUUUUUCAUCUAUAAGACAGGCUGUGGCGGAAAGAUAAAUUAGCAACUGAUGGUUAGGAGUCCAGUUCUGGGCAUAGUUAAAGGUAAACAAUUUCCCACAGUUGUAGGGACAGUUGAUUUCACGUGUGUCAGUUGUCUUAAACUGUUUGCUGACAGGGAGAAAGAGAUCAGCCUGGGACCACAAAGUGGUGCCACUAGGCACAGUGUGCUUGUACAUAACUUCCUUGGUAUUAACAUUUCCUUGAAGAUUUAAUUUAUAAAGAUCCUUUAAUUUUGGGCAUGCCUCCAGCUUCAUCAUUAUUUCCAAGAAUGUCUCUGGGCCUCAUAUGCUCUGCAUCUGAUUGAAAAGGCCAUCCAAAAUGUAGUCCAGAGUCUUCCUGCUGACCAGCUGUCUUGAAUCUUCUGAGCAGGCUGGGAUAAUUCCCAGUGAACCCACAUUUCUUGUCAGGAAACUGAGGAGAGCAGCACUGUGCUUGGGAAGGAAUUGGCAUAGAAAACAGCCGGUAUUUGUGUGUGCAGGUGAGGAGCUCUGUAGACGGUUGUAGCAAAUUAGCUGCAUCAUUACCUUCUUGUUUAUGUCAGAAAGAUGAAGGAGGAUAAAGCACUCCAUAAAUGGAGUAUACUUUUGAGGCCCUGAAGUUACAUGCUUGAUAAUGCAAUUUUUCCACCGAUGAUGAUUCUUCAAAUAGUUGUCUGGAUUUUUUGCCUAUUUGACAGGGUUGGCAAAGUGCAGUGUGCUGAAAUACCUUCAAUAGCCCAUUGAUCUUUACUGAAAGGAAGUUUUAAACAAAAGUUAUUUUGUUUAGGCAAAUUAUUUUAAACUAAUUUAUUUAUAUGUUUGAUUAAAUGUUUAAUUUAUGAAUGUACAUAUUUAUGAUACUAGAUCUAGAUCUCUAAUCAACAAAUGUUCAGUAAGGAAGUGAUUUCUUUUAUGCUGUCUAUCACAUACAGCAUAACAAAGAGAAUAAUUAGAAUUAUUUUAUCAGAUAUGUGCAAUUUUAUCUUUCCUUUAUGAAAAUUAUUUUGAGCAAAGGGUGUAUUUUAAAUGCUAGUUGCUAUCAUUUCAUCCUUUUUUAAGCUGGCAAAGCCAUGGCUGGGGAACCUGUGACCCUCCAGAUGUUACCGACCUACAGCGUCCAGCAGCCCUAGCCAGCCUUGCGGUUAGUGAGACUUCCUGGGCAUUCUAGUUCAGCAACAUCAGAAGACAGCAGGUUCCCUAGCAGCACUAAAUUUUACCCCAAGGCUGGCAGACACAGCAUAAAAGAUAAGCCUGUGCGUUGCUCCAGUUGCCUUACUUAGGACAGUUGUAUACGUUUUAAAAAAUACCAUACCUUUCACUUGUUGGACCUGUAUUUAAUGCUGUUGCUUGCCUAAGCUUUUUCAGGAGACAUUUGAAAUUGAAUUACAUUUGCAAUCCAUUUUGUCUUUUCUUUGCUGUAUUGCUUGUUUGGUUUUAGUUUUAUGUGUGUUUAUACUUUCCUGUUCUAAGAAAUUUAUGUAAGCCAAAAUGCUUUAUUGAUCAAGGACUGGCACAGAACAUUUUAACGCUGAGCUACUGAGGCCACAGGAGCAAUACAGCCUUUUCUAGGGGUGAAGGUGUGGUGUGGUAGGUAUGUAAAGUAGAAUUACAUUUACUUCAGGAAAGCAUAGAAAAGCGUCACGGGUCCACUCUCUUUUCCCAUCAUGUAUUUCAGCAUCCUUUUGCAGGCUUUUGUUCAUAGAUAGGAAAGCUUUAUGAAAUAAUUCAUCAGGCUGCCUUGACAACAGUGCUCCCAAUAACUUUUAAAAAGUUUUAUAUACAUUGUAUUUCUAUACUACUGUACAGGGAUAUUUUACAGAUCUAAGUUGCAAAAGUAUUGUUUAAAUUUUUGUUAGGAAAUCAUAUUUGAUGUCAUAGGGUUGGGAUAUGGGUAUAAUUUCAACAUAUUUGGGGACCAGGGGCAGUUUUUUUAAACAAAACAGUAUAUUUGCAACAUUUUAAUACUAAUUUUAUAUCAAUCUUCCAAUAUUACUACACCUACCAAUUAAUCUGAGUUGUCUAAUCUAAAAUAUUCCUGUAUUAAAACUGUAAUUUCCUACUGUAUUUUAAGACAAAAACCUAUUCAGUUCUCCAAGCAGGCAAAACAAAUCAGCAAGAAGAUGCCUUUUAUCUAUAUUUAUUUUGUGUCUCCUAUAUUUUAUAAUACUGCUUCAUGUUUUUCCUGUGUUUUUCAAUGUAUGGCUGUUAGGAAUUAAAUGCUGUAUUAAUUAGACCUGCAGUUUAACUUUGGAGAAAAUACACCUUUAUAAACAAAUUCCAAAUGGAAAAAAAUCCCCACAAGAAACCUAGGCCUCGUUAGCUGAUUAAUUAUUUUUACCUUUCUGCCCCCCAGAUGUUAUGACAGGCACCUUUGUGGUGUAACACUUUAGUUCUUACUAAUAAAGAUAAGUUGUGAAAAAUCAA